AUGCCAAUAGAACAUCUUAAAAUCACAAAAUCCUUUUUUCCUGCCGAUGCUGACUUUGCAUUAGUACAUCGCAAAGGAGUUUUUCCAUACGAGUACGUAACGUCACUCUCGGUAUUGGACGAAAACGUGUUACCGCCACCAGAAUCCUUCAGAGACAGCCUACGCAAGGAGGACGUAAAAGAAGAAGAUUAUGCUCACGCCCGACGCGUAUGGUCACACUUCAAUUGCACAACCCUCGGAGACUAUGCCGACUUGUAUUUGAAAACAGACGUGUUGCUGUUGGCGGACGUCUUCGAGGGCUUUCGGGACCAGUGUCUGGAACAUUACGACCUCGAUCCAGCCCACUGGUUGACCUUACCGUCGUACGCUUGGGACGUGAUGCUUUUCAAAACUGACGUGACCCUGGAUACCCUACAGGACGUAGAUAUGUACCUGUUCUUCGAGAAAGGGAUCCGGGGUGGCUUGACCCAGUGCGCAACCCGACACGCUGUCGCCAAUAAUAAAUACACCAACGCUACCACCGUCAACAAUCCUUCAACAUCAGCAGGUGGUAGCAGGAGUAGCAACAAUAAGAGGCGAAUUGAAAAUGGCGUCAGCCGAGACGGUCGGUUCGCACCUUCGACUAGUGUUAGCGCCGUAGAUAACAACAACCACAUAUAUGGAGAUUAUAUUAUGUACUACGACGCGAACAACCUAUACGGAUGGGCCAUGUCGCAGUCGCUCCCGUACAAAGAUUUCGAGUGGCUGUCGCGUCAGGAAAUAGACGAAUUGGUUAUCGAGGACAUACCGGCAGACGGAGAUGUAGGCUACGUCUUGGAGGUGGAUUUGGAGUAUCCACGAGAUCCUCGACUCCAUGACAAACACCGAGACCUACCGUUCUGUCCGGAACUGCGGAAAGCGCCUCGAGACCAAUUGCCAUAUGCGGACGACGUCCUCCGCACAUACAGCGUAGGCAAAUCUGCUAAACUAAUGGUCACCCUGUUUGAUAAAGACGCAUACGUAAUCCAUUAUCGAGCACUUCAGCAGGCGAUGGACAACGGAUUGCGUGUGCGUCGGAUACAUCGUGUUCUGCGCUUCAAGCAGCGAAAGUGGCUACAACCGUACGUGGCGAUGAAUACCAGACUCAGGCAGCAGGCCAAGAACAAGUUCGAGGUGGAACUAUUUAAGCUUAUGGUCAACGCUGUCUAUGGUAUGAGCCUCCAGAAUGUAAGAAAACAUAUUAACAUAAAAUUGGCUACAAACCCGAAAACGUACACCAAGUAUGUGGCCAAGUCUAAUUUCAGUGACCGGACGUGGUACAACAAAGACUUGGCCCUACUACACAUGAAGAAAGUCCGCGUCAUCUUGGACAAGCCGGUGUACGCGGGUAUGUGCAUUCUGGACCACAGUAAGACGUGGAUGUACGGAUUCCACUACCGUCUGCAAGAGCGGUAUGGAAUAGAUCGGCUCAGACUUCUCUACAUAGACACAGACGGGCUGAUCUAUUUAAUCCGUACCGUAGACGUCUACGAGGACAUGAUGAAUCACCUGGACGACUUCGACACCAGCAACUAUCCCCGGGACCAUAUCUGCUACGAUCCAACCAACGCCCGGGUCCUGGGGAAAUUCAAGGACGAAGCCAAUGGGGCGAUCAUUAGUGAAUUCAUCGGCCUGAUGGCGAAACUGUACUGCUUCAUGUUCCUGCGGAGCGAUAGCAGCGAAGACGGUGUCGGCGACGGUUUACCACCUGUGAAACGGGCCAAGGGGGUGAAUCGCGCCGUAGUGGCCAAAGGCCUGACUGUAGACGAUUACAGACGAUGUCUACAGGAACAGCGGGUCUUGUACACGGAUAACGAUCGGUUUCAGUCCCGACACCACAUAAUAUACUCCGUUGUGGUGUCGAAACGAUCGAUGGCGCCGUACGACGACAAACGUUAUAUCGAAGAGGACGGCGUCAAUACGUUACCGUGGGGUCACUAUAAAAUUCCAGCGCACCGGGCAAUGCUUUUGGCUCCAGAAGACAGCAACGGGAACUCCAGUAGAUGCCACAGUCGUCGCAACAUUGCAUCGUCACCGUCAGCGACAAUGGAUGCGAGCGAUAACGACGUUGACAUCGAAGAAGUAGAUUGA